AUGAUGCGCUUCGCAAACUUGUUAAGGGCUACCAAUAACAUUGAACGUCCAAUGCUGCAAUGCCUGCAAACGGGAUUCCAGCAGCGGCUGGUAACGGGACUUCACUCAUACUCUCCUUAUGCGAUUCUGGCUCGAGCUAAAGAAGAACAAUCCAAAAUCGGAUCGACGCAAGCGAGAGGAAGGCCAAAGGCUGUGUGGAGGAACCCAGUAUCCACGUUCAAUCAACAUAAGUUAUUGCGGAGCGAUCACAUCGACGUCUCGAAUUUCGCUCGGCCCAUAGUCAAGCUCAACGACUCUGAGCAGCAUACUUGGCAGAUGUCCUAUCGAGAAUUGCGGGGCGAGAGGGUGCAAUUCCCUUCAAACUCCCGCGGGUUCCUGUACUUCCAUCAACCUCAAGGCGCACCCCUACUUGCUGGCGAAUUACGCUUCCGACUCACUCCCAGCGAUCUUCCCAAGAGCUUUAGUCAAGGUGAAGAUUGUAUGACCCCUGAGGGGGACGUAUGGAAGAUACCCCUCUUCGUCCUACAUUCUUUCCCGUACCAUCGGCAUAUCUAUCAACGGCUUCGCAAGGACGGGCUCGUUUCUGACGCGUUGCAUUUGAAGCUCGCGGAUGUCCUCAAGACUUGUCUCUGUCCGAGGAAUACGAGCGUCAUCUUGCAUUCACUUGAUCAAGUGUUCCCCGUCAACUUUGCCGUCCGGAGUUUAAGGUUCUUCAUAGUGGGCGACUCGUCUUGCCGAAUGGUCGACGUUCGUUUCCCCUUUGAGAUGCAGGUUGUGCGACAUGAGAAGGGGACUCCAUUUACAAGUAAGGGCUUGGUGCGCUUUGAGCUUUCGAGGCUACCGGAACAUGAAGGAAGCAGAAUGCUGGUGAUGCGUGUUGUCAAGUUGUUGGGAGAUCUGGGGUCUUACCUUGGAGAAGAUCGGCCAGUAGAGAGGGCUCUGGUGUUGCGGCAUAACCCUGCUGGAGGGGAACCCAAGGUGUUCUGUUUGAACAUUGAUCGCGAUACACCCGACCACCGCACAAAAGGCUUUUCGCAUCCUGAUGCGUUCCCUCUGCUUCUCAGAAGUUCUCUUGGGGACGAGAGUUCCAGGCCAUAG